GGUUUCAGUCGGGCACAAACUCUGGCGAUGAUUAAAUCAAAAUCGUACAGUUCUGUUCCCAAGGUUUCCAGAUCGAGGCGACAUCGCCAGGUAGAAUUGGAGAGCUCGAGACCUGCGUCCAACAAGGGAAACGCAAAGAAAUCGGAAAAACACCAGAAACUACCAGCUCGAAAGGACAAUGCAGCCACGCCGAGUGGGGAAGGUGAAGAAACAGAUUUCAACAAAAGGAGGAGUAGGAGAUGCAGCAUGCCGGUGAUAAGCAAAAGCCCUCCUGAAGUUUCCCCGAAGAGGAGUCGUCGCCAGUGAUGUUGACGAAAUUAUGAAAGUGGAAGAAGAGACUUCAAAUCCAAAUCGAAUACUGUGCAAACAAUGUCCUGGAACUUGCGUGGCAAUAAGUGGUGUAAUGAUUGCAACAGCUGGAAGAGCAGCUUCCCUCUUUUUUUAAAACACUAAAAGAAUCUAAGCACCAAAUUCAGCAAGGAUCAUGUUUUUACACAGAAUCCAUUAUCCAGUUUCAAAUCCUCUUGUUCACAUGUUGUAGACCAAGGAUAGAUGUUGGUCUCGUUCCUUUAUGUUUCUCGUCUCCACACUAAGCACUGCACAGCAGAAAACUGUAAACAUGUUGCUCACAGACUCUUUAUUAAUGAGGAAGAGUUUCCUCACAAUUUGACUGCUGGAGCUACAAUUUUUGUUAUUCAGCUAAUGCUAUUUUAUUUGGAGAUUGUUGAGUUUUGUGUGACCUAUCUUGUUUGUUGCUGUGGUGCCGUUGUUACUGAUGUGUUGCUGCUCGCUGACCAAUACAGGAUUUUUCUUUUUUUUUUGCAAA